AUGGCCGCCAACCGUAGGCUGUUUGCGCCGAAGGAAGAGGUUCGCAAGGAAGCGCUGGAUGACGCUAGUGCUGGUGGUGGCGGCGGCGGCGGCCGGGAUGAGGUUGAUCAUGUUCCGGUGGCCCGGUCCACCAGUGCCAAGGCACUCACCGCGGAUUCCGCACCAGGCGCGGUGACGCUGGACAAGUUUAACAUAUUUCACCUGCGCCGGAGGCCCAAAAGUGACCCCGGAACGGGACCGAUCGCAAAGCACGCCUCCGGUGCCGGUGCUGGUGCGCCGGCCCAGCCAGAUGAGGCGGCCAGCGAGCUGAAGAAGAAAAAGUCGCGCUUCGUGAAGAGUGCAUCGAUCGCGCGGAUCUUCGGCAACACCUACAAUACCAAAAAGUACGACGACAGCAGUGCGCUGCUGAAGCUGCAGCAGUUCAAGCGGAGCUUCCUGAGCAGCGAACGGUUCCACAAGAAGGACAGUGCGGUGGGCGAGGAAGCGGCGGACGAGCUGCAGAUCGGGGACGCGUGCUACGUGAACGACAGCGAGAGCAGCGCCCGGGCGAUCAAGUCCAUCACGCGCGGCCUGGGCCGGUUGCUGCGGCGGAACUGUCACAGCAUCGACAUCAGCCGCCCGGACCCGGAGUACAAGGUGUCCUACCUCGGCAACGUGCUCACCGGAUGGGCCAAAGGCGAUGGGUGCGUGGAGAAACCACUGGCGACCCUGUGGCGCAACUACACGCAGAACAGCAAACCGGACGUGAUGAUGAAGCUGUGCCUGUGCCCGUCCGGCUUGAAGGCGACCACCCGCCAGCACGGGCUCACCGAGUACUGGUCGCACCGGAUCACCUACUGCAGCUCGCCAAAGAACUAUCCGCGGGUAUUUUGCUGGAUCUACCGGCACGAAGGGCGCAAGCUAAAGCACGAGUUCCGCUGCCACGCGGUCAUCUGCUCCAAAGAAAACAUCGCCCAGGAGAUCAGCACCAUCCUGAAGGAAAACCUAGCCAAAGCCUUGCGUGAGUUCAAGCGCGACAAGCUGAACCGCCAGAACGCUCGCCUGAGUCUGGCCAACAGUGUGUACGACAAUCCGAGCAUGCCGCGGCGCAAGAUCAUGCUGAGCGUGGGCGCCAACAACUACCGGCCGCCGCUCGAGCGGUCCAAGUCCGCGCCGAAGCUGAUGGCCAUCGAGGAGAUGAUCGGCGAGGAAGACGAAGAGGGCGACGAGGGCCAGUUGCAGCAGCUCGGCGGAACAGGAAGGGCCAAGUCGCCCCCAGGGUUGGAGCCCUGCUGCCGCGAGGACGCCCUCUUCCCGUCGACCACGCUCGGUCGGCGACGGUGCCGGAGGGGCCACUCGAUACGCCGGACGCGGCUACGGAACUCGUUCAAGUCCCCCAAAGAUCUGGAGGCGAAGGUGCCGCUCAAGAACGAGAACAUUGUACAGGCAAGCCCGAUGAACAAGUCGGUCGACUCGAUACUGGACACGAUCGGCCAGGAGGAUGACGACGACGAGGGCGAGGCGCAUGGGGAAGACGCCGAGAGUGGCACGAUGGCCGCCUCCGAAUCGGCCGAUGGGCCGGGGCACAUGAAAUCGAAACGAUCGCACAGUACCGACUCGUCGGAGGACGAUUUCGAGACGUUCCUGGCGCACUACAACUACGACUCGAGCGAACCGCUCUCGACGGAACUGAUCUCGUACUUCGACAUGAAGCUCAACCCGACGGCCGUCUGCAGCAUGCACGACCUGAGCCAGCGCCACGAUAGCGUGACGGUGGCCCUAGAGGACACCCAGCGGCUGGCACUCAGUUUGGACGAUCUCGACCACUACCAGGAGGACCCGCUGGCUGGAGAGGGGGACCGCGAGCGCGAUCGAGAUCAGCCUUCCGCCGAUGGUCGGUCGCAGAAGGGCCACGAAGACGUGCCGGAAGCGGACGCAGUGUUCUUCAACCAGGACGAAGUACUAGAGAUGCUGCGAACGGCUGCCGAAUCGGCAGCCGUCGGAAGCCAUCAUCAUCACCACCACCACCACCAUCACCACCUUCCGCGGCUCUCCUGUCUUCACGCCGAGGACGACACGGCGCCUCCGUCGUUGGUGUGCGUGGCUAACAAAAUCAGUGCGGCCGGCGGAGGUUCAACCCAUCAUCCGGACAGUGACGAGGGUUCCAUAUCGAGCGGCUGCGAAACGUCGAGCACGGUCACGACCAACACGGACGACUCGGUGGCCACCGCAACCGCACCGUCCAACAAACCGUGCUCGGUGCUCGAGCGAGUCCGUAGCUUCGAGCAGCUGGCCGAGAACCAGGUGAUCCAUGUGCCGCUGGGCGAGCGCAGCGGUCCGAUGGCGUCACUCGGCGGCACAUCCAGCACCGGCAGCCCGUCCAGCCCACAGGCGGACGCAAUGAUCUUCAAGCGCAGUAUCACCUUCCCGGCGCCGGGCGUCAAGUCGAGCUUCCUGAUGCCGAUGUUAACCGGACAUGGUGGUUCGUGCGGACCCGCGGAACCCAUCGACUCGCCGUUAAACUCACUGAACGGCACCGAAACAGACGUUGGACCGGAGGACACGCCGCAGGAUAACCAUACGCAUUAUCACCACCGCAGCCGUCAGCACGUGGAGGGAAGCAAACCGAAGGUGCGCCAGAUGCGCCUCAAAUCCAGCGUGGUGGCCGCCGCCGUCAACACGGAGCUGAUCAACCAGCUGCAGGCGAUCGAUUCCGAUUCGGAGUUUAGCGACGAGUCGGGCUAUGUCGAGUUUCAGGACAACCAACCGUCAAUCAAGUCGGUGACGGCUUGAAGUUGUUGCUCGUCCCGAUUGGGGAUCUAAUCGGCCCAACCUGUGUUAGCAUCAAUGCGCCCCCCGCUGGCGUGUGUGUGUUAUGUUUUUGUCCCCUUUGUUUAGUGCCCUCUGUGCUUAAUGUUUCGGGUGCGACAGAGAUCUAGUGAAACACACUUCCGUUAGCUUUACGUGGCGAUCCGAAGCAGUUGAAGAUUAUUAGUUGUUUACUCCGGUACGAUAUGGGUAAGCCUUCGGUCACCCGUGGUCAAUAUAUUGUAGAAAACGCAGCGCGCGGUUGGGCCAAGGAUAUUCGAGCGUAAAAUGGCAGGUACCCUGAUUUGGGUAAUGAUUCGUACAUAAAAGACAAACCAUAUGAUACAUUACUACAGUGCAGUGCUCCGUGUGGAACCUCGACACUUGAUGGCGGGGCACUUAUAGACCGCAUCGAGCCGGGACCGCACGCAGGUGGAGCACUCCCCGAGGGUAGAGCUUUACCGUUCGUUUUUAGGCUAAGC